GGAAAGUGUGGACUUGUGAAGCACAACGACAUUUCUUGGGGAUUGGGGUCCUGUUCCCCACAUCCACCCAUCCCCACCACAUAAAGCCAUCGAAGGAUUGUGAGAAAGCUGCUGCACUGUUGAGUCAAACUGGAAGCGUUCUCGUCUACUGAACAUUAUUUCGAAAAAUUGAUGUGGCUUUAGCUUUACAACAUCACGACAAGCUCUCUUUCUCACAACGACUGAAUCCUCGCCUAACUUAGUGGACAAUCGACAUGCUGGCUUUCGACAACUUACAUUUCGGUGGCGGGUUAGCAAUCUUAUUCGUGGUGGCAAUUCUUCCCUUGGUCGGUCGAGCUUUAUUGAAACCGAAAACGAAAUAUCGUUAUCCUGCCGGCCCAAAUGGGAGCCCUCUGUUUGGGAAUUUGUUUCAGGUGCCACCAAAGUAUGCUGGACCCAAGUUUGCAGAAUGGGGUAACCAAUACGGAGAUAUGUUCACGAUACGAUUAGGCGCAAGAAGAUGGGUUUUCCUCAACUCAAUGCAGACAGUUCGAGAGCUUCUCGACAGACGCGGAAGGCUCUAUAUCGGUCGUCCCGAAUUUCCCAUCACUCAGGAUAUCCUGUCGGGUGGGAACAGAAUAAUCAUGAUGAGCUAUACCGAGAGAUGGAGAAAUCUGAGGAAGAUUAUGCACCAGCUCUUGAUGUCUAGUAACUCAGACAUCUACAAGCCAUUCCAGGAUAUGGAGUCCCGUGCAUUACUUUGGCAGUACCUCAAAAGUCCAGAAGACUACUAUCAGCACGGAGCGCGUUUCGCGAACUCAGUAAUCUUUUCGGUUGUCUUUGGACGGCGAACAAGUAUGCGGGAUGAGAACGUGCGUCUGCUUUUUUCUACGAUCGACGAUUUUAUGGAAACACAAGCUUCCCCUUCAACCAGUUUACCAGAGCAAUUUCCAUGGCUCAUCAAGAUUAUACCAAGGCGGUUGCAAUGGUUUCGACCUAAAGCCGAAAGAGUCUUCAAGAAAACGAUAGGGGUCUACGCCUCCUUCCUGGAUGACCUUGACAAGCGAAUCAGACAAGGACAGGAUCCGAAAUGUUUCGCUAGAGAUAUGACCGACUUAGCAACUAAGUACGGCUUUGACGAUGCUCAGAAAUAUUUCUGUGCUGGAUCUAUUAUCGAGGCCGGAAGUGACACAACUCGAAAUCAGCUCAAUAUAAUGCUGGCAGCAGCAGCAAAAUUUCCUGCCUGGGUGGCCACUGCCCAAACUCAGCUUGACGCAGUUUGCGGCGAUGCCAAAAGACUACCUACAAUGGAUGACUGGGCCCAAUUACCUUAUAUCGUCGCUAUCAUCAAAGAGUCUCUCCGAUGGCGGCCGAAUAUGACCGCCACAGGAACACCUCGAACGUUAAUCGAGGAUGAUAUCUACGGCGAUUACAAGUUCGAGAAAGGGACUAUCUUUAGCUACAAUAACUUCGGCAUCUGUCAUAACGAGGACGAGUUCACUAACAAUGAAAAGUUUCUACCUGAGAGAUUUCUCAACGACGAUUUGCAAGACAUGCUGAAAGGCCAUCUGGGCUUUGGUGCUGGUAGACGUAUCUGUCCAGGGUGGCACCUCGGCACGAGAAAUAUGUUCAUUGCAUUCUCAAGGCUGCUUUAUUGCUUCAACUUCAAGGAAGUGCCGGGAGCACCAAUCAAUGAAAAUGAGAUAGAUCCAUUAGCGCACGAUCAUCCGCCUUUUCAGAUAGAGAUUGUACCUCGAAGCCACAACCAUGUCGAACUUGUCGAAAGAGAAUGCGCAGAGGCUGGACAAGCGGUCUAGAGAUCCAGCAGGAUGGGACGUAGUCUUUUUCUGGUUGAAGAAACUUAACCAGAUUUCCAAUUGACCUUGAAAGCGGUUGAAUUAUCAGUAAGAUUGUCGUGUUUCUCUGCAGUAAAGAUAUAAAUAUAU